AUGAAAGCAGUACGCAUCCACGAAUUCGGCGGCCUCGACGUGCUCAAUUGGGAGGACGCUCCCGAUCCGGAACCUCGGCCUCAUCAGGUGCUAAUAAAGGUAGACGCCGCCGGCGUGAACUACGCCGACCUGAUGCGCCGUGGAGGCAACUACCCCGGCCCUGACCUGCCUUCCUCCCUGGGCCUGGAAGCGGCAGGUACGGUGCUGGAGGUUGGAUCGGAGGUUACCGGCCUCUCCGUGGGUCAGAGAGUGAUGGCCAUGGGCCCAGGUGGUCAGGCCGAAAUGGUAGCGGUCAACGGAAACUUUGUCUUCCCUUAUCCCGAAACCCUCGACCCGGUGCAGGCCGGCGGAAUGCCCAUUGUGUUUCUGACUGCAUAUCACCUCCUGAAGACGCGAGGCCAUCUUGACCCCGGCCAUACAGUUCUGAUCCAGGCCGGAGCGUCGGGCGUUGGCACCGUGGCCAUCCAGUUGGCCAAGGCUUGGGGUGCCCGUGUAGUGGUGACUGCAUCCACCCAGGAGAAACUAGACUUGUGCCGCUCCCUGGGAGCAGAUGAGACAAUCAACUACACCCAGCAGGACUUUGAAGAAGUCAUCAAGGAGCAGACCGGCGGCAAUGGGGUCGAGCUGAUCCUGGAGUGCGUGGGCGGUCCUGUGCUCGAGAAGAGCCUCCGUUGCGUGGCGUCCUACGGCCGAAUGAUCACCUACGGAAAUGCCUCCGGAACCCCUGCCAGCCUGCCAGCGGGCGAGAUAUUCGCUGCGAACCGUACCGUGAUUGGUUUCAGCAUCGGACGCUCUCCCGUGGGAACACUUGACCACCAGGCGGCCAUGGACGAGAUAUUUCCCUUGAUGUCUGAAGGUAAGGUGCGCCUGAUUGUCGAUCAGGUCCUUCCGAUGUCCGAGGUCGGCACGGCUCACCAGCACUUGGCUGACCGUGGUACCAGGGGCAAAGUCAUCCUGACGCCGUAA